ACGACUAAAACUGUGUUGCUGUUGCUGCGGUGAUCGGUGCGGUGCUGACUGCGCAAGGAAGGGUGCUAUACAAGCGUGCGCGCGACUUCUUGUUCCCGAACGACACCAGGCGACGAACCUCUGGUGGUUGUUGGUGGCUACGAUCUGCCACGCUCUCAGCCCGAUCGGGUUCUUCGGAGUCGUUGAUAUUUUAAACAAAUUGUUUAAAUGUUCAGUCGUGAGACGGUCGUCAAGAUGAAAGCAGCUGCCAAGUUCGGUCUCAGUUUCCUAGUGCUCUUCAGUGUCGUGUGUGGGUUUUCCGCGGCACAAAGCCAGCUCAGACGCCAGUAUGAGACCAACCGUCGCACCUCGGUAGUAGCCACUCGUGACAGGGAAGGCCCCCAGAGGGUUCUCCCGCCACGGGAACCAGUUCGAGCCGCCCCAGUAGCAUCGGAAGAAAUUGAUCCGGAACUGUCGGAAAAUUGUCCGGAGCCCAAUGGAUACUUUGCCGAUGCCGAGCAGUGCGACAAAUACUACGCUUGUCGUGACGGGCAAAUCACCGAAAAGCUGUGCCCCGAUGGCAUGGUGUUCAACGAUUACGACAUCGACCAGGAGAAGUGUGAUCUGCCGUUCAAUAUCGAUUGUAGCAAACGACCGAAAUUGCAAACGCCCAUCCCAUCCCUGCACUGUCCCCGGUUGAAUGGAUACUUUGCCAGCGAAACGGGAGCAUGCGACAAAUUUUUCUACUGUGUGGAUGGUAAGUUCAACAUGAUUACCUGCCCGGCCGGGCUAGUGUUCAACCCAAAGACCGGCAUCUGCACGUGGCCCGAUGAGGCUGGCAAGAGCGGAUGCUCAUCGGAGGAUGUGUUCAAAUUCACCUGCCCGAAAGUGAACGAAACCGUUGCCGUGACCCACCCCAGGUAUGCCGAUCCCGACGAUUGCCAAUUCUUCUACGUGUGCAUCAAUGGGGAAACACCCCGUCGCAAUGGUUGCAAAUUGGGGCAGGCUUUCGAUGAUGCUGCCAAACACUGCGAAUGGGCUCGCAAGGUUCCGGAAUGUGCUGAUUGGUAUAAGGAUAGACUGACGGACGCCCAGCUGGAUGAGCUGGAAAACCCACCAACGACUAAGGCUCCCGCCUCGAAGGGGCCAUCGAAGGUGUCACGUCGCCGACCUUCCAAGCGACCGAAACUGGAAGAUGAAGAGGAGUAAUAAGUAACACUGCCAAAUUUCAGUUUCUUCUUCCAAAAUACUCAAAAUUAAAUACUCUUUUCUUCUGUGUCUUGAGGUUAAGACUAUCAGUACUGUAAUUUAUUGAUUUCUUUUACCUGUAGAAAAUAUGCCCAAUAAAAGUAUAUUGUAUAGAUGUAUUCAA